GGGCUAUCGCUUCCAACGUUUUUGUGGUUGUUAGCUCUCUCUUAACUCGAACACUUUCUGCGACCACAGUUAUCUCAUUCGCAGUGAAAUUACCCGAAGCCUCAACAAGUGUCUGCUCAAUUAGAGCCAGUUGAAAAUUCGUGAUCCAUCUCGAGAAGUGUCACCUUUAUUACCGCAUCGGUUUCUGGUGCCCCCAUUCGAUGAGAUAACCUCGUAGUAGCUCAAUGAUAAAAAAACUCUAUUGGCGUUACGUAGUAGGCUGUAUUGGAUGUGACAAGAACAAUGGCGGGACAUUAUUUAUGGCCUCAGAUGUCAUCCUCGAUUUUGCUCAUUGAUGCAUCGACACGCUCGUAGGUACACUUUGAUAAUUUGUCAAACUUGCCCAAUCUAGAUCGGAGGAGGACCUGAUCCCUCCGCCAACUGGCUGUCAAACUUCCAAACAAAGAGCAAACUGUAAACAAAGGGGCGUACGAGUGGUUACAAGACUAACAGUGAUGUCGAUGGGAAUGGUUAUUGCGAGGCCGGAUUGCACUACCCGAUACGGAUAAUUUAAUUUAAAUAAAGCAGCACCGCAUUGCUACACCAUGGCGGCGCAGGACGAGAGGGAGCCCCUCAUUACACCCGCACUGCCGGCGAACCGAUCCGGCUAUGGCACGGUUGAAGAUGCACGUGACGCAAUGUCCAAGUUCGUGGUAAACAACGUGGCCGGCGAGUCUGGCCGCAAGCUGCCACAGUACAUUGCCGGACUGGCCGCGUCCGGCGGUGCACUGGCGGCCGGCACAUUUCUCGGCUGGACGGCCCCGACCGACAAACCGCUCACGGUCGAGGGCGAGUACGGGUUCCCGGUGUCGGACGAGCAGUUCUCGUGGGUCGGUUCGAUCUCGAACCUGGGUGCGGCCCUGAUGUGCUUCCCGAUCGGCUACAUGAUGAAGCUGAUCGGGCGCAAAUGGUCCAUGCUGGCGAUGGUGCUGCCGCUCGUGCUCGGCUGGCUGCUGAUCAUCUUUGCGGAGAACGUGGCAAUGCUGAUGGUCGGCCGGUUCUUCCUCGGCGUCGGGGGCGGUGCGUUCUGCGUGGCGGCACCGACGUACACGGCGGAGAUAGCGCAGCCGUCGAUUCGCGGUACGCUCGGCACGUUCUUUCAGCUGAUGGUGACGGUUGGCAUACUGUUCGUGUACGCGGUGGGCGCCGGCGUCGACGUGCAGGUGCUGAGCAUUAUCUGCGGCGUGAUUCCGCUCGUGUUCGGUGCGAUCUUUUUCUUCAUGCCCGAAAGCCCGUACUAUUUCGUGGAAAAGGGACGGUACAGUGAAGCGGCCAGCUCGCUGAAAUGGCUCCGGGGCGCCCAGUACGACGAGAAUGCGGAGAUCGAAGACCUGAAGCAGGCGGAUGAGAAGGUAAAGGCGGAAGCGAUCCCGAUGCUGGUGGCCUUCCGGCAGAAGGCGACCGUGCGCGCCCUGGCCAUCUCGCUCGGGUUGAUGUUUUUCCAGCAGCUUUCCGGCAUCAACGCGGUCAUUUUCUACAACUCGGCCAUCUUCGCCAGCGCUAACGGGGGCAAGGAGAUGAGCUCGGCGUCGAUCAUCGUCGGCGGCAUCCAGGUGGUGGCGACGCUGCUCGCCUCCGUCGUGGUGGAUAAGGUCGGCCGGCGCAUCCUGCUGCUCGUGUCCGACCUGAUGAUGGCGGUGUCGACCAUACUGCUCGCGGUGUACUUCCAGCUCAAGCAGGACGACCCGGCCAAGGUGGACGACCUCAGCUGGCUGGCCGUGCUGGCGGUCUGCCUGUUCAUUGCCAUGUUCUCGAUCGGGUACGGCCCGGUGCCGUGGCUGAUGGUGGGCGAGCUGUUCGCGAACAAUGUGAAAGCGUUCGCCAGCCCGGUGGCGGGCGUGUUCAACUGGCUGCUCGCCUUCCUCGUGACGAAGGUGUUCACCAACCUGAAGGACGCGAUGGGCGAGGCGGGCGUGUUUUGGCUGUUCUCCGGCAUCUCGCUGCUCGGUACGGUGUUUGUGUUUUUGGUCGUGCCGGAAACGAAGGGCAAAUCGUUGAACGACAUCCAGCGGUUACUGGCGGGCGAGAAGCUGAACGCCGACGAACCGGUCGGACUGCCCGAGCCGAGGGACGAGCGGGAUGAGCGACCGGCGCAGGUGGCAUGAGCAUGAGGGACCGGGGCUAGUAGUGGCUUGUUUACAUAUUCCGUAAGGUUUAGUUCUUUUUUUAUAUUUUGAGUGUGUAUAAUCGUCGUGUUCCAUCGAUGUGAUAUGUAGAACAAAAAGGGAUAGGAGAUCAUAACGGCCACCUUUGGUCGGGGCGAACCUGAACAUAGGCAACGCCAAAGUGGGGGAAAUGUAAGAGUAGGAGCGACUGAUUCGAGGCAGCAUUGAAUGGAAAAUAGCUUAAAUCACUAGACAAGUAUGAGUAAUGACGACAUUUUAAAUUAAACAAUAGUACAAGAUACGA